AUGUCAGCGGGGCUCGUUUUCAUGUGGACACAUAAACUUAUUCAAGCUGACGUGGUGCGGAUGAUGUAUAGUUUGGGUUGCAAAUAUGUUGAAAAUUUGGUAUGGUUCAAAAAGUCUGUUAACAAUGUACCUCUGGAUCAACCUAGCCCAUAUUUCAGCUCUACCAAAGAAAUCCUGUUAAUGUUCAAGAAGGGUGAUGGAUUUGAAUUACGACAUCAACGGACAGCAGAUGUGAUUAUUGAUUUUGAACAACCAGCAUGUCGUUGGAUCCAUGAAGAAUAUACUGAACCCAAACCACAAGCUGUCUUCGAUAUGAUUGAAACUUUACUACCCAAGGCAGGAUAUGAUGAACAAUUGAAACGUGGACGACUUGUUGAAUUAUGGGCCAAACGAUCAUCCAAACGUCGUGAUGGUUGGAUUGCAUUUCAUCAACGGAAAACUACAAGUAUUACCUCGACUGAUCCAAUGGAAACUGGAAUGGAAUUAGAUGAUGAAAACAAUACUGACACAUUUUGUAUAUCCCCUUGA